AUGGGUGGGAUAGUGAGGCCCUCCGUAGGUGUAGGAACUGAAGUAGUCUAUUCUGGAAUAGAAAGAUCUGGCAGGGUAAUAGCAGGAUCCUGGAGCGGCGCAGUUUCAGCAGCAGCAGCUUUAGAUGCAGAGCCAGCCUUCAGUCCAGAGACUGCGAGUCCAGAUAGACAUUAUUGUGUAUUUUAUUUCAAACGUUUGUAUGUAGUGACUCUUAGAAGUCCUUGUGCUGUGACACUGAUGGCGAGAACUCGAGCUUCCUCUUCUACAGAUCAGCAGCCCGAGGCCCCAGCAGCAGCUCCAGCUAGGGGCAGAGGGCGAGGUAGAGCUAGAGGCCGUGGAAGGGGCAGAGCUCAGCCCCUAGCUGCAGCACCAGUGGUGGAACCUCAUAUUGAUGUUGAGGAGGUUCCAGCCCCAGUCGCGCCAGUGGUUGCCCCAGUACAGCCUGCGGUGCCAGUUCCUCCAGUUGCGCCGGUUCAGCCAGCAGCGCCAAUCCCAGCAGUAUUGCCAGCGCAGCCUAAUACAGUAGCCCAACCAGUUAUUGCGGGCCAGACCAGUGAGGGAGCGGCUAUGACCGCAGAUUCUUUAUGGAGACUCGAUCGUUUUUCCAGGCUAUUUACUCAGACUUUCAGUGGUUUGCCUACAGAGGAUGCUUAG